AUGGAACAACAAAAGGCUGCAUCAAAGCCAAAGAGCAAAAUCUUGAAGUUUCUUCCAAGAGCAUCAUCAUCUGUUUCGUUUCAAAACCCUCCACUUUAUAGUCCCAAUAAAGAUAAGAGAUCAUCGGAAAAAACCCACAAAUCCAAUCUUGGAAUUGGCUUCUCCGGUCCCAUGGUUUCCAUAAUUCCGUCGGACAAUCGCCGGAAAAUCAAGAACGACUCAACUUUCACGCUUUUAUAUGAACCCACUUCUCCAAGAGUCUCCUGUAUGGGUCAGGUCAAGUGUAAACAUUACAGGAACAAAUUCGCCGGCGCCGAUGGUGUCACAAACAAAGUCAAACCACCCGCAAACCCCACCAAAAAAGUUUCAAAAACGAUGUCUUUCAACGUCUUAAGAACCCACCACAAAGAACAAGAUCAAGAAAAGAUGGAAAAAGUCGAUCCAGUUGUUAAGAGUAAGAAAAAGUUAGGGAUCCGGAGUUUAUUCCGCGGCGGAGCUAGCAACAACGGGAGAAAGUCCGACGCAACCAACAACAACUCCUCCUCCAAGACGGCGUGUAAUCUUCCAAGGGCUCCAAGUAUGAGCACGAUGAAGAGAUUCUCGAGUGGAAGAGACGCUUUCAAGAAUUUCGAUUGGACAACACAGGUUGCACCGUUGAAUACCGGUCACCGGAAUUAUUUCACCGAUGACGAUAAAGAUGGUGGAAGCGACGGUGAAGAAGAUGAAAAGAUCUUGAUUCCUUCAUCUGCACCAGUAAUUGUUAGAAACAAAGGGAUUUCUGAUGAUUUCGUUAGGAGUGGAGUCAUAAACUUAGAGCCAAGAAAAGAGAUCAAUUUGUGGAAGAGACGAACCAUGCCUCAACCUCCGCCUCUACAGCUGCAUGUUGCUUAG